AUGUCUGACACACAAGAAAUUCAUAAUUACCCCUUUGACUCAAUUAUUAAUUUUAAAAAAUCAGGACAUAGUUUUUCAUAUAAAAUUAUAAAAGAAGGAACGUAUCCUAAUAAAUCUUUAUUAGCGUACACUCUUCCUCCUAAUAAAUAUCGAAUCCCUGAUGAUUAUAUGGUAGAAACAACUUGGGGUAGAAGUAAUAAUCGAUGUGUUGUUCAGUGUUUUAUUAAUUACAUUGAUAAUAAACCAGUUUUUCAAAUCUGGUUUGGAAAGUGUUUUGAACAUGUAGUAUCUUCAGUUAGAAGUGCGACGGAUGUUACAAAUUUAUUUCAUAAAGAAUAUACAUCUUUAAAAAAAACAAAAACAUCAGGAAUUUAUUUGUUUGGUCUUCAUCUCAAAACAUUAGAAAUGGCAAGAGAAGGCAAGCGACGUGCACAUAUAUUAAAACCAAUUGACCAAUGUGGAAAUUCCACCCUUACAAAACGUGCUAUGAGUAUUGGAAAACAUAUAUUAGCUGAAUUCAACGAAAAAACACAGAAGCUAUAUAAUUUGGAAGACGUACCAGCAUUGGAAAGUAUAUGUUAUUCUGUUAAUAAAAAACAUACUUUUAAUAUCAGUUACGAGAAUGAAGAUAAAACUAAAAAAAAACAAAAACUUGAAUCAAUAGUUAGAGCAUUAGAUGAAGGCAAUAUUCCAAGAGAUUCUUAUAGAC